GCCCGCGAAGGGGCUGGGGAGGCGAGGGUGGGAGAUGGCCGCCAAGUUUCUGCUCGGCUGAGGCCCCGGGAGAAAAGUUGGCAAAGUUGGCCGAGGAAGAGGGACCCUUGUGCUGACACAGGAUCCAUCCACAUAAUCCAGGGUAACCUUCCCCAUCUCAGGAGCCUUCAUUCCUCUGUGCCUGCAAAGUCCCUCCUGCUGGUAAGUGGCUGCUUCCCUAGUUCGGAUGUUCUUAAUCCCCAUGGAGCCACAACUGUAGCCAUGGCGACACGGGUGGAGGUCGGCACCCUAACUCCCCUGACAGGAGUGCCAGGCCUCGGCGAGAUCUCCAAGGAGGAGACCCUGAAGCGGACCUACUUCUGCCAGGCCGGAGACGCCCCUGGGGCACCCUCAGCACUGCUUCUGGAAGGGAAAAGCCCCCUUAGGAGCCCAGCCCGCUUGCUCCCGCUGCCCAGACUUGCUCCCAAGCCCUUCUGCAGGGAGAAGGUCCCGGAUGUGAAGCCCCUUGUCCUAUCCCCAGGGCCCAGCCCAACUAGCCCAUCUCCCCCCUGUGGGCGCCCCCAGGAUGUGGUGGCAAAGGACCUGAGUGAGAAGAUGCCUGGCUUGGUCGGGCAGGAGGCGGGAAACGGGGAGGGCCUGAGGAGAAGCUCGUCCCUGUUCAACAAGACCACCUUCCUACGUCCCCGAUCCAACACCAUGAUUGUCUUUGAAACCAUCAAAGCUGGCCCCGCUCUGGGGAAGGGGAUCAGUGAGGGGGCUCGGGAGGCCACCACGGGUGUGUCUCAGGAGCCCGCUCUGGGCUCCCGGCCUGAGGGGGCUGCCAAGCCUGCUCUGCCUGCCCGAAAGCCUGGGACCCUUCCCCGACCAGCCUCCCUGCCCCAGGACAUCAGGCCAGCUACCCCCCGAGAGGAGACAGGCCCAAAUGAGACUCUGUCAAAGGCCAGCAGUGUAGAGGACACGGGAGACCCCACUCUGGAGCCCAAGCCUCGCCUGAGGAGAAGGCCUGUGUCGGCCAUCUUCACUGACUCCAUUCAGUCUCAGAAGCCAGGCCCCGGUGGGGCGGCUGCAGGGGGAAAAUCGCCUCCCACCCCGCCUGAGAAGACGUGGGUGAGGAGGCCCAGGCCUCUGUCCAUGGACCUCACGGCCCCAUUUGAGAGCAAAGAGGCCUUGCUAAAGAAGGUGGCCAAUGAGGCCACCGCGGGUUCCAUUGCCCAGUGUCGGGGACCGGAGAGGUCCAACCUGGAGACCCAAGUGAGCACAGAGUGUUUGAUUAGAGCAAACCCUCGCCUUCGGGACCCAGACUCAGAUGUCCUGGGGGUAGCCAAGAAGACCCGAGAACAGAAGGAGAAGAUGCUUUUCAAGCAGGCAGAGACGGGCAGCCUCAGGCCUGUGGGGGGCUCAGCCCAGGGCACCCCCACAGAGGACCAGCCUCCCGGGAAGGAGAAGGCUAAGCUGCUCAGGGAGCCAGAGAAGGCACCCCCGUCCCCCUCGCCCAGACCUGGGAAAGAUCAAGAGUUUUCUGAGGUCAAGAUCAGAGCAGCCAACGGGGACAGCCGACCGGAGGGAGGAUGGACCCUCAGGGGCAGCAUCAAGAAGCGCAUCAGCCUGUUUGGGGAGGAGAGCACCUUGGCCUUGGCAGCAGACUCCGAACGCCCACCGGCCACCCCUGAGCCCCCGUCGGCUGCCCCAGGGCCCGAGAAAGUGGGUGUGAGUGUCCAGGAGAGGAUCAAAGGCUGGGCUGUCGAGAGCUCCGAGGCAAAGCCAGAGAUCAGAAAGAAGACGUUCCAGGCACGGCCGUUGUCAGUGGAUCUGACCAAACUGUUUUCGAGUCCAGUGUCAAGCAAUGAAGUCAAGUACGAGAAGUGUUCUGAGCUAAGUGGCGAGCUUCCUAAGGAACCUGGAGAAAAGCAAAAGGAAGGGCAUGGUGUGGAUGGAGCAUCCGUCCUGAGAAGCCCCUGGAAGCCUGGUUCGCUCCAGGAGAAGUCUAGGCAGACAGAGCGGAAAGACAGCUCUCACCAAGUCCCUGGCCCCUGUCGGGGUGAAAGCUUGAGGAGGACUCUGAGCCCUCCUGACAGCAAUACAGAAGAUGAUGGAAGCUUCCAGACUGUGUGGGCCACAGUGUUUGAGCAUCAUGUGGAGAGACACACGGUGGCUGACCAGUCACAACACUGUCCCUCGGCCACGCCCGCCAGGGAUGGGGCUGAUGCUCUUGUCUCAGAAGUCAGACCUAGGCACGAGAGAAGCUCUUGGCUGGGGAAGGACGUGCCAGAAAAGACAAACCUUGUGAAACAGAACUCCAGAUGGGUUGAAAAUCCCCGUACAGAGAAAUGGGGACAGACCGCCCUUCCGAAUGGUGAACCCAAAGGGUUUCACAUGCCCUUCCCUGAAGAACACCCUUUGGAUGAGAAAUGCAAUAAAAACCCCUUCCUCCAACACUCCGAAAAGCCUCCCCCAUCCCAGAGGGUUGAGCCCAAGUAUGACAUCAUGCACACGGUCGGCAAGCGUGUACACAGUGAGGCCGUCCCCACGGUGUCAGAAGAAAAAGCCGUGACCCUGCGAAGUGGCCGAUCUCAGCUCUCUCCAAAGGGGAGGCAGCAGUCCCAUGAGGUCACCCCUGCUGACCUGGAUUACAGGCUGGAAGGUCAGGCGGGGUCUGUCCAAAGGGCCAGUUUGAUUUGGGAAGCUCGAGGGACUCACGAUGUCAGUGGGCUAAAGCCUGACUUCCGAGAGCCGAGGGACACAUUUGGGGGCAAUUGCCUGUCACCCAAAUGGACAGGUGGGGUGACUGUGAACCGGCAUAAAGCCACCAUGGUGGCCAGUGAAGAGAAAGGCUCAGAACUGAGCCCCGAAGUCAAGAGCGAGCACCCAGCCAGGCCCUGCGGCCCCGAAGCCGGCUCUGGGAGGGCCUGCCAGGCUGCCAUCAGGGAAGCCCCGCAGGAGGGGCCAGAUGGGGCCAGGAACAAGUCAGGAGGCUGCAGCUCCGUGGGAGAAAGGGGUGCCCCCCAGGGGUUCCCUCUGGAUCUAUCAACCAGGAAUCAGGACAAGCCGUCUGACAUAUGGGCACGGCUGCAACCAGAAGUGCGUGGACAGAAAGGACCCCUCGCUGUGGCUGCCGGUGAGGGUGAGCCACAACCGGCCCAGGCACCGGAGCCCGAGGCCAAGAUGCGGAAGGCAGGUCCCCCGGACCAGAGGCUUGAGAGGUGGCGACGGCGGACGUUGCCCCAUGACGUGAAGUUUGACGAAUUCAGCUUCCUGGGCCCAGAAAACUCCUGGAAGGUGGAGCCGAGACGAACAGACCAUUCGAGCCCCACCACCAGUGCCUUAAGGAAACCUGAGCUAUCCCCCCACAGGGUGGAGACCCAGGAGGUGAGCCCAGGUGCUUCCCAGGACCCAACUCGGCCAGCGGUGAAGCAGGGGUCCUCUUUGGAACCCAGGGCGACAUUUUUCGCAGUGACAUAUCAGAUUCCCGAUACUCAGAAAGCAAAGAGCAUUGUUAAGUCAGGGCCUGAAAACUUGACAGAACAUUCUAGAAAAACAGUCCUGCCUCCUUCUCCUCUUCCUCUAACAUCGACCUUGGUUUCUCUUAACCAUGAAGAGCCACCGGAGGCCAAGGGCAGUAACAACUGGGCUAAGGGCAAAGAACACCACGGCGCAAGCUGCUCAAAACCUCUGAAGCCAGCAGACCGCCCAUCACCUCUUGGGGACAGGACUCUGGAUCCUUCUAGUGAAAAAAUCCUGGAUGCUAAAGCUUUAUGGAUCCGUCGGGGACCGGAGGAUGGCACCGGUUUUCAGAACAAUUCGAAGGAUAGUGGGAACAGAACACUUCCCAGCAAUGCCCCCAAAACACCCCCAGCUUCCAAAAGCCACCCAGAAGCCAGCGAUCUCCUCAUCAGGAGGGACCCUGAGGUGGGCAGUGUGAGGGUCCCAGGGAGGAUCAAAGAUGGCUACAGAUCUAGCGUUCUCGACAUUGAUGCUCUGAUGGCCGACUACAAGAAGCAUGAGGGUCAGGAGCUGGUGGAGGGUAAGCCCACAUUGCCCAGCAGCUCGACUCUGGAGAGGCCAGGCCAGCAAGACAGGGUGGACCCAAGAAGGAGGAGCUGGAAGGAGAGGUCUGAAGCUGAGAGUCUCUGCAAACAAGCCAAUUUUGCUGAAACAAACCACGGUUCUGCUCCUGGCGCCGGCAAGCAGCCGGCAGAAGCCUUGUGGACAGCCACGAACACCAGGCUCAGCCCUCUUCUGUGGGCUCCGCCGCUCUCAGCUCCUAAUGAAAAACAUCCAGAGGCCUCCUCUGGUCCCGUGGGUCCCUGGAGAAAAGUUUUGGGAGUCCCUGAGGAUGACAGAAAGGACUUUGUUAGUAAACAUCAGAGUGCAAAGUAUCAGAAUUCCCCAGCCGAGUCAAAGCCCACUCCCUGGGAGGAUCUGGACAGUGGGGCCUGUGUGUUGGCCAGAUCCACUCCCACUGACCAGAAGAAAGGGACCCCAAAGAAAUCCAUCGGGAGGGGAGGAGAGGGCAGUGUGGUCCAGUGGGGUGAGCACCCAUACGACUAUGGCAGGUCACCGCUGAAUGUCAAGAGGGCCUGUUCGGAAAAGGGCCUCCCUGCCAAAGUCCGGGAGGGCCUGUCUGUGAUGCAGGAAGCCAGAGAGAGGAGGCAAGAGCAGCCCAAAGGGAGGUCCAGCCUCCCCGGAGACAGUUCCGAGGCCAAGGAGACCAAAAUGGGACCCUGCCGGCGGGAGUCAGGCACUCGAGACAUUCAAAAGGUGCUGCCACAGAACCUGGAGAAGGAGGAUGCCCUGCCAGACAGGGAGCAGCCACUCUGGCUGGGGUCUCCCACAACCUUGGGCCCCCGGAGAAGCCACAGUUUAUGCAAGGACAAGAGGAGUGGGCCCUUUGUGGACCAGCUGAAGCAGUGUUUCUCCAGGCGGCCCCCCGAGGCCAAGGACACCGACACCCUUGUGCAGGAAGCUGACAGCCAGUAUGGGACAUGGACAGAUCAGCGCCAGAGCGGGGAGAGUCUGGCCCCCGAGUCCCCGUCCCCGGACAGCAGUGCCCUGUCGGCCCGGAGGCAGCUCCCCAGCAGCCGCUUGUCCUCACUGUCCUCCCAAACGGAGGCCACCUCAGCUGGGGACCCGCACAGCUGCUCCAGGGACCAGCGGAGCACCAGUGUGGACCGAUCCAGCACCGAUUUGGAAUCCACCGAUGGGAUGGAGGGGCUGCCCCCCCUGGACCCCUGCCCCGCGAAGAGGGUGGACGACUUCUCCUUCAUUGAUCAAACCUCAGUCCUUGACUCAAGUGCCCUCAAGACCCGGGUGCAACUCAGCAAGAGAAGCCGCCGCCGGGCUCCCAUCUCCCACUCCCUCCGGCGCAGCCGAGUUAGUGAGUCGGAGAGCAAGUCUCCUUUGGAGGAGGAGGCCGACAGUGCGUGGAUGUUCAAGGACUCGACAGAAGAGAAAUCUCCCAAGAGGGAAGAGUCAGAUGAGGAGGAGGAGAAGCCUUCCAGGGCUGAGAGGACCCCCACCAGCCACCCACAGAGGAUGCCUGUAUUUCCGGGCAUGGACCCCGCAGUGCUAAAGGCUCAACUGCACAAGAGGCCAGAGGCUGACAGCCCCAGCGAGGCCCCAGGCUGGGCCCCCCAGCCCAAGACGCCCAAGGCUCCCUUCACUCUGGGCAGUCGCGUGCUGCCCUCCAGCGUGGAGAAGGACAACAGGUCAGAAGAGCCCUCUCCCCAAUGGUUAAAGGAGCUAAAAUCCAAGAAGAGGCAAAGCCUGUAUGAGAACCAAGCUUGAGCAGACAGGGGACACUGCCACGUCUAAUGAACAGAAGCCUUAACUGUCAGAACCCGAAGAUGAGGCCAUGCUGAUGCUGUUCCUGCCUAGACCCUUCCAGCCGGGUGGAGAACACGGCCUGGUGACUCCCGCCCACUGCAGAGGCUCUCCCCAGAUCAGGAUGCAAAGACCCACCCUCCUCCAGCACCUGCACGUCUCCCCAGACAACACUUGAGGCUGAGAACAAAGCCAGGCUGCCCAGAAUUGUCCAUGCUGGUGGUUUUGUGUUUUACGUAAACAAUGUCCAUUUCCGCUCUCUGUCUCCACCCGGAGACAUCACUCCAGGAACAUCAAUCUGAGUUGGACCAUCUCCCCAGGCUCCAGAAAACACCUGUAUUGUGAAAGUAUCCCUUGUCCCAACACUAGGGGAGGUCCCUUUCAAAAGCCUAUUUCUGAGGAAGAAGAAACUCAAGUUUCCUGCUGUAAUUGUGGCCCAAGGCAGCAUCACUGGGUUGGGCUGUGUUUGGUUUUUUGGUGAGUUCCAUCUCCCUCCCUCUCCAAGAAUCAGCAGCUCCAGUGUUUUAAACAUACCCAUCCUCAUUUCAGGUGUGUUUAUCCUUACAAUGGGGCUGUGUGCAGAGAUGAUUUGUUCAUUAUACAUCACUUUGGUUUGCUUUAGAAGGCGUUAAAGCAAUAAUUCAGCCAAUUUUCUUUGAAAUUUGAUAUGUAUAUAUGUUUUUUACGUUCAAGAGCAGAAGGAAAGGUGUAUGAAUAAUUUGCUUGAAGUAUCCGAUCAUCUCAGGUUAUCUUACCCCUAUCCGUGCUUUAAAAAAAAAUUCCAGCUGUCACCUCUGUGUAUAUAUUUUCCUGGUUUCUUUUCAUUUGAGCUCUGGUUUCUGUGGAGUGACAUUUGUCGCUUGGCCUCAAGGGUUCCUCAGUGGCGGCAGCCUGGAUGGCAGUGCCUUUCCCUCUCAAACAGCAGACCCGCCCUGAGAAUCUUCUUCUCCAGUCUUUUCUGAACAGCACCCAAGAUACUGGCGUAGAAGAUUCAUUCCAAAUUGGAACAAAUGCAUGAAUGGGGGGAGGGUUCUUCUGUUUCUUCUCACCUCUUCCUUCUACCACUCCCCCGCCCCACCCCUUGCAAACUCCACCUGACAGAGUGCUUCCUUUAGGUCCAAAUGUAGGAAGGGAGGGUCUUGCUGAAAUCCUUCUCUGGACAGAAGUGCUGGAUGCUAGGUGACAGAGUAUAGGGUUUGCCUUGCCUCUUUUUUUUCUUCCUUUCUCUAAGCUCAUUCCCAGGAAUCUCUAAGACCUCUGGGGGUCAUAGGCACUCUCUACAUGGUCUUUAUUUUUGGAAAUCCUCAACACCAGCCUCCUCCACCUUUGAAACCCAAGGCUCCAGCAAACAUCCCAGAUAGGCUUGACUGGCCACCUGCCAUGCCUGGAGUUGCCAUAAACCGUGUGCCAAUCCUGCUGGGGAGAUGCUCGUUGGUGAGAAAGACACCUGGGACAGUUCACAGGGCCCCCUGUGACUGCUGAGGGGCCCCAGCACUGAGUUUCCUAAGGCUAGAUAUGGAGGGGAUGGGCCUUACCCAUUGAUUUCCCAAGACAUGCAAGUCUUUCUUGAGAAUCCAUUAUUUGCAAAUGGUGUCAAAACAUACUUUCCUUCUCCCUGGCCAUGUCUCCAGGAGUUUCCAUUUGUCUCCCCAUCUCUUCUUUCUCAUCAUCCUUUACCAUCUCUUCCUUCACUUGGGGUGAAGGAUGGAGAGCAACCUGUUUCUCCAGGUUCAGCACCACGGACAGGGACUGAAGCUCCUCCCCGCCCCAGGUCCUGUUGGGUGACCUUGGGCUACCAAUGGGCAGUUGUUGGACCCUGUCACCCACCAAGCCUUUUGCAUCUGGAGCCUCAUGUCUAGAGAUUUGGCCCUGCUUGAUAAUAGUUUGUGUUCUUUUCAUUCCCUGAGUUAGUGGUCAGUCAGUUUUCUGUGGUCAUUAGGUGGAGAUUUGGUUCCUCCAGGAACUGCUGCUUUGGGUGAAUUUUCUUUUCUUUCUUUUCCUUCCUUCCUUUCUUUCUUUCUUUCUUUUAGAUCCGGUUAAUGUUCUGUUUUGUGGGGUUUGUGGUUUUGUUUUGUUUUGUUUUUAAGUUCGACACAAGACCUGAGCUUAGAUCAAGAGUCAGAUGCUUAACCAACUGAGCCAUCCAGGAGCCCCUAGAUCUGGUUAAUGUUUUGAAACAAUGUUGAUACAAUGGCUUUCCAGGUCAGUAGGUCCCCUUUAAGGUCACUCCUCAUGUUCUGACCAAUGCUUCCUGGCUGCUGUCUGUCUUUCCUUCAGGUGGGAAGGGCCCCUUGGUACCAUCUUAGACAAUAGGAACUGACCUGCUCUAUUCAAUGAGACUAUAGAUACAACGCAAAACUCUCCGAUUCUUAAUUACUUAUGUUUUAGCCCAAGUAUACACAACAGGAAAGAAAAACACGAGACUUAACCUGGAGACUUAAACAUGAGAUUAACCUGGAGAUCUUUUGCCUAACCUCCCACACCUUAAUUGGAAACAGAAAUCCAUUUAAUUCCUUGGUGAUUAAAAUAUACAAAGUCUACCCCCCUCCCAUGAAACUGAUGAGAGCAGCCUCACCUCUCCACUGCACAGCGGACCCUCACAGUGGGUCAGGAGCCACCCUGUCCAUGAAGACUCCCCUUGACCCUGGACCCCGCUAUGCUCAGUCCAGUGAAGUUAGAAGUGACUGAUGCUUGGAACUUUUUCAGAUAGCCGGGCAAGUGCGUUGUUGGUUUUCCCUUCUUCGUAAGCUGAAUGAGCUCUCUGGCGUUAGGCGAGAGGUUGUUUGCUAGUUUCUUGAGUUGUCCUGGAGCCGCCUUUGGAAAUCUAUUUUUAAAUUAACUUAAUAUGCCUUAAUCGUUUGUAUGCAUUCAAGUCACCUGCCCUCAUCCAGUCAACUUUCUGGGGGCCUUUGGCUCUCCUUAAAUGAGAGUCUUUCAUAGAACACAAAUCCCUAUAUAUGUACAAUCUCUACACACACACACACACACCCUUUGUACAUUAGCAUUUUGAUGGCUGGUGUUUUGAUAAGUCCGUAUCUAGAUACCAUUCCUCAUGGCCCUUGCCUGAUGAAACAGAGGCCUUUGGCCUAUGAAAUCCCACAGUGGGGCCUCAAAAAUUAGUAUUGUGGAGAAUUCCUUGGUGCCCCCAGAGAAAUUCUGGUGAAACCGAAGCCUCAUGUCGUUUCAUGUUGGGGGUUUUGAGUGACACAGACCUGACAGCCUCAGGUUAUCCAGGAUUUGAGAAGAGGACAAUCAGGUGGGAGCUCUUCCAGGGAUACAGGCCAACUCUUUUCAGACAAAGGUGUUUGCCUUUGUGCAUCCAGGGAAACGAGGCCAACUCUAGGUAUUGCUAAGGAGAGAAUAUCAAAAUAGGCUCCAGUCUGAGGUCCCAGAGCUUAGAGGCUGUGCAAGGGAGUGGAGGAAACCAUUGGCAUGCUUCCCCCGGCAGAAGGGAGCUCAGCUGCUUGUCCUCAGCCCUAGCGGCUGCCUUGUCCCCUUAACACUUGUACAUUUAAAUUUCCACUAUGAUGCCCCCAGAUUGCUCCAGAAGCUAGGCAUGAUCACAAAGCUGAAAAUCCACAGGUGUGUGGUCAGAUCACCUCCAAAACUACGUGCUUUUUUAAAGGUGACUUGGGCCUGCGUGGAAGACAGUGUCCCACGGAGAGGACUGGAGCCUGCCUCUCCCUCACCAGUGUCUGCUUUGUGCCCUCAAUCCCCGUGACUCCCCUCCCCUGACACCCCCCCCCCCCCGGUCCCAUCACUCAGUACAGGAAGCCAGAUUACUUAGCCUUCGUGUAAACUAGCAUUUCAGGGUGAACCUGAGGGGGAGAUGUAGAGGCAGGAGAAAAGUUCCAUCCAACAGAAGACACCCUCGCCCCUAAGUUACACCGUGACAGAUAACUGCAGUCACGGGGAAGCCUGCCACACCCUCAAUUGUGCCUUUCUUCCUCCACCACGUGUUAAAACGUGGAAGCAAAACUCCCAUGGCCUUGUGAGUCCACGGGGUAAGAGGGACAAUGUUGACGUGGAGGGAGCCACUCCACAUCUGGAAGGGGGCCCACCCUCGGCGACAGCCACCUGGGGAGCCAUGGAUCCGGGUUCUGCUGAGGAGCUGCUAUGAGUCAACCCUGUUGGGAUUUGGGGGAACUGAGGUUCUGAAAAUUCAGAGCCACGUGGAAAGCCACGGUCUUCACCAGCCUCUCCCCUGUGGCUCCCACCCCUCUAGAAUUUGCUUUCUCUGGUUUGGACUGGGUCCUUCAGGGAGGGGUGCAGAAAUCUUGUGUUCUGGAAAAUCAGCCUGAGGUUCCUAGCAAAUUAACCUUUUAAAAUCAAUCAGCUUAUCCCCCUCCCCCACCCCCAAAUUUCCUUAAAGAGUCACCCUCUAACCUGCUACCUGAUAAUCUUCCUCCAUGAAUCAGAUUGGCUUUUUUUUUUUUGGACAAUCUCUAAUAGUGUCACACCUGCAAAAACAAACAAACAAACAAAAAAACCCAAACAAACAAAACCAUGCCAUUGUCUAAAGAACAAUUUGAGCUUUUUGCCGGUCUCAUUCCACAUAGCCUUAUAGAUCUGUAAACUGGGGGCUCACAAAGUAAUAUAUUGUGUUAUGGAAGAUAUUUUGUACUGUGUUGUUUCCUGAAUCAUACCAAUAUUCUAGAAGUGAUGCACUUCCCAGAUGACUCUGAUCCUCAAGACACUUUGUAAGAAGGGGCGGGAGUGAAAAUACAUAUAAAUACACUAUAUUUUCCGAGCCUUUCUUCUGAGUCCCUUCCUGAGUCAUGGCAGGAAAGAAACUGGAGUCCCGUGUACAGGAAAGUUACACCUGCUGCCUGCUGGCGUUCUUGCAAUUGCCUUACGAAUUCACAAGCUCUAAGGGGUUCUGAACAGGUGGACGACAGGCACUUUCUCCAAUCCCAGAAAGAAUCUCUACUCGCGUGACUGAGAAUUCAUCUAGAAAAACCUAUAUUUUUAACGUUGAAACAAACGGGGCUUCCUGGACCUCACAGAGUAUUGGGUAUCUACAAGUGCUUUUAUAUUUUGUAACUGUAAAGAGGUUUCCUACGCACAGAAGAACAGUUGGGGACCUGGCCAACUGCCGUCACACAGAAUGACCUCUGCAUGUACAAAGAUGUUGCAUUCAGACCAUGAAAAUAACAAAUAAAGCUUUGAUGCAAGUUGCACUGAA